AUGGCGUCCAUUGCCACGUCAGCAGAGCGAGCAGUAGCUCUCCAGUCUCUUGGCCUUCGAUCCGCUGCUGCUGCUGAGUCCCUUGCCAGCAGCUCCUCGCAUGUGUUCUCCCCGCUAAAAGUGACCUCUCUUAGUGCUGCCCGCACCAGAUCGUCGUCUACGAAGUCCAAUGUCGCCACCGUGCGCGCCUCCUCCGACUCAGAGUAUCGCACGGGCGUGAAGCGCAACCACAACAUCGGCAAGCUACAGGCGGGCUACCUCUUCCCCGAGAUCGCGCGGCGGCGGCGCGCGCACCUGGAAAAGCACCCCGAGGCGAAGAUCAUCAGCCUGGGCAUCGGCGACACCACGGAGCCCAUCCCUGACGUCAUCACCGCCGCCAUGGCCAAGAGGGCGCAAGGGUUGUCAACGCCAGCGGGGUACUCCGGCUAUGGCGCCGAGCAGGGCGAACAGGCCCUGCGCGCGGCGAUCUGUGCGACGUGGUACAGCAAGCUGGGCAUCACGGAGGACGAGGUGUUCGUGUCCGACGGUGCCAAGUGCGACAUUGCGCGCCUGCAGAUGAUGUUUGGCGCUGACGUCACCAUGGCCUGCCAAGAUCCCUCCUAUCCGGCAUACGUGGACACGAGUGUGAUGAUGGGGCAGACGGGGCUGUACGCCCCGGACACGCAGCAGUUUGGCAACGUGACGUACCUGCGCUGCUCCCCCGAGAACGACUUCUUCCCAGACCUCGCCUCCGCGCCGCGCACCGACAUCAUCUUCUUCUGCUCGCCCAACAACCCCACCGGGCGGGCGGCGUCACGGCAGCAGCUGCAGCAGCUGGUGGACUUCGCGCGUGCCAACGGGUCCAUCAUUGUGUAUGACUGUGCCUACGCCAUCUACAUCGAGGAUGACUCGCCCAAGUCCAUUUACGAGAUCCCUGGCGCUGAUGAGGUGGCCAUUGAAACGGGUUCUUUCUCAAAAUACGCUGGUUUCACCGGGGUGCGUCUGGGCUGGUCCGUGGUGCCAGCAGCGCUGCACUAUGCCUCCUCGUUGUCCCUCUCCGUUCCCUCGACACCUCCCCCCCCUCCCUUUUCCCCCUCCCCCCCCAUCCACAGGUGGCCAUUGAAACGGGCUCUUUCUCCAAGUACGCGGGUUUCACCGGUGUGCGUCUGGGCUCGUCCGUGGUCCCAGCAGCGCUGCGCUACACAGACGGUCAUCCAGCGCGCGCGGACUUCAACUGUCCCCCUCUUCUCCACCCAACCCCUCCCUCCUCUCCAGGUGGCCAUUGAAACGGGCUCUUUCUCCAAGUACGCUGGCUUCACCGGCGUGCGUCUCGGCUGGUCCGUGGUCCCAGCAGCGCUGCGCUACACGGACGGCCAUCCGGUGCGGGCGGAUUUCAACCGUGUCACCUGCACGUGCUUCAACGGCGCCAGUAACGUCUCCCAGGCAGGAGGCCUUGCGUGCCUCUCUCCUGAGGGCCUCGAGGCCAUGGCAAUGCUGGUGUCGUUUUACAAGGCCAAUGCAGCCAUUCUCAAGGCCACAUUUGAAUCCCUGGGCUAUGAGACGCACGGGGGGGACAAUGCGCCGUACGUGUGGGUGCGCUUCCCUGGGCGCUCCUCCUGGGACGUGUUUGCUGAGAUUCUGGAGAAGGCUGAUAUUGUCACCACGCCUGGGAGCGGGUUUGGGCCCGGUGGGGAGGGGUUCGUGCGUGCGAGUGCGUUUGGGAGCCGUGCGAACAUUGAGGAGGCGGCGCGGCGGAUCAUGAAGCUGUACUCGUUGUGA